AUGUCGCAGAUUCCUAUAAAUGAAGCCUUUGACCUUGAUCUAGCCUUAACAAUGGUAGAUUACGGAUCGGACUCGGGCAUAAACCAGUCUUUAGAACCCAUGGCUGCCCACCAGAUUGAGUUGCCUACGGUUACUGUGAUAGGUUCCUGUGCAGUUUGUUUGGAGGGAUACCGAUCAGGUAAGCAAGUCCCGUGUGGACACGUGUUCCAUGCAGUUUGUAUCACAAGGUGGCUCUCUCGCCAUGAUUCUUGUCCUUUAUGCCGCUUUCGAGUCUCCGGCGGUAGCGCCACCAUCAAGGUGGCUGUGUAA